AUGUCAGAAAGCUUGAAUAUUGACUUCGAGGUCCCCGAGCAUUUGAUUAAUCACUAUUACGUGUCGGGUACAAUUGCAUUACUACUCAACUUAUUAGUCAUAUACCUUCUGUUGUUUCAAAGCGGCAAGCUAGACAACUUUCGAUUUUAUUUGCUGGCUUUUCAGGUAUCUUGUACGGCAUCUGACGUGAACAUUGCCUUCCUAUUCCAGCCUAUUCCACUAUUUCCACUGUUCUCUGGAUAUGGGCAUGGGUUUAUGUCACGUUGGUUUGGCUGGAGCACGCAUACGCUAUUUACCCUAUUCACAUUACUCCUUAGCGGUCAAAUCGAGGUUCUCACAAUAUGCUUCCUCCGCAAGUACAAGGCAAUCAUGCAGCUGAAAACUUUAUCAAACCCGUCAAGUAGCCUAACCUAUAUUAUAAUCUACCAUUUAUGCAUGUCCUACUCACUGGCUAUCACACUCGCAUGGUACUUCAGCGAGACUAGUAAAGAAGAUCAAUGGAAGUUGAUUAGUCAAGACCAUCCGUCGCUGGUCCCGAAGUAUCAGCAGCUUAAUGAAUUUUAUUACACAUACUUCAACAGUGCAUAUAUUUUUAUUAUAUUCCUAGUGCUCACUGCUGCUGGAACCUUAAAGACGAUCAUUGUGAUAUCUCUUCUAGUACUUCGAAUGUUUAAAGUUCUAUCAGAUGUUAAAAGUCGCCUAUCGAAGGGGACACUGAGCAGGCAUAAGGUUGCGCUGAGAAGUUUGAUUAUGCAGUUCAUGACAACCCCAAUAUCCUUCCUACCACCCUUCAUGCUGGUAGUCGUCGCCUUGUUUCCAACCAGCUACUCUCAAGCAAUCUCCCAGGGCUCUUUUAUGGUCUCCACCACCCAUUCCAUAAUCAACUCCCUGGUUGUCCUUACCACGUACCCGGAAUUCAGAAAAAUUCUCAUGUUCUGGAGGAAAAAAGACGCUAGAAGAAUACCAACAUUGCUUUCAUCUGUCAGACCGACUGCCUCGCCGAGAAAUUGA